AUGUUAUUGUGUAGUGGAGUUGCUAGGUCGUGGUUAGCGCUGGGUGUGAUUCCGCUUGCUGCUGCUAGCUCUUCGCAUGGCAUUUAUCCAUCCGGCUCAGACGUCUCCAAAAGCGGGAUUCCGGGGCAUGACUAUGGUAGAGCAACAGCUGUGACUGGAGCUACCGACAAUGGUUCAAUUAAUGCAAACCCGCUUCCUGGACCGUCUUCGUGGGAUGAUCCAAAUGCACUCUCUGAUGAUGACAGCCUUCCCAUCAACGGUUUCGACCGCUUCGCCUCGAAACUGUUUGAGUUUCUUCUUGCAGCGGGUAAGGCGCUAGGACACAAUGUGUGGAAUGUAGUAGCAUUUUGUGGUGAUUCAUUUCUAGAUAUCGUGAAUCGACUUCAAGAUUUAUUUGGCACUCAUAAACUGGCAAACAAUCCUUACAUGUAUUCGGAUUAUGAAGAGGAGUUCGACUAUGCUGUGGACAAGGAAACAGCAGAAUAUCUGGACAAAAUUCUGGAGUCUUCGAACUCAACUAAAAAUAACUGGUCGUUUUGA